AGAAAUUCGCUCAAUCUGAUAAAGCCCCUGAAUAUACUUAUAUACCUAUUUUUCUUAUAAUUUGUACAUUGAAUUUGGCUUAGUAUUUGUUUAUUAAAGUCUUAUAACUGUGCUUUAAACUGUUAACUUUUAUAAUAUAAGAGGAGUUACAUGUAUCUACCGAAAAAGACUUGUUUAUACAUACGUGAAAAAAGCUCAUUAAUUUUUUCUUAAAAAUAUUGAAAUGAUAAAUUUUAUUAUUGUUAUGUUGAUGGUUGCAGUAUAUAUUGUUUUAUUAGUAUAAAAUAAAUGCAUUAAAGAUGAUUGUAAAUGCUGAAAAAAAAUCAUUGAUGCGAACUCUUCAGGGCUAACGUAACGAAAAAUUCCUUUUUCUAAUUUAACAAAGCAUUUAAUGUUUGGAAAAUUCAUUUUCCUCUAUAGCUGCUUCUGUAAAGCUUCCAAAAUGUUGCGCUUAUUAGCGAUUCUACUCAUCGGCACAUUCAAUUUGUCACCAAUAUAUACUACCGAAGAUAUUUUAGGCUGUGGAGGAUUCGUAAAAAGUCAUGCUGAUAUUGAUUUCACGAAAAUUCGAGUAAUAUUAUUCACGAAAACAGGUAGUGUAAAAGAUCAAACUGAAUGUGCUCCAAAUAGUGGAUAUUACUUUUUGCCUCUUUAUGACAAAGGGGAAUAUGUUUUGAAGGUGGAACCACCUAAAGGAUGGAGUUUCGAACCAACAGAAGUUGCUUUGAAUGUCGAUGGAGCCUCGGAUGUUUGUAGUCAAGGAAAAGAUAUCAAUUUCGUGUUUAAAGGAUUCGGUAUUACAGGCAAAGUGUUAAGUAAAGGCUCCAGUUCUGGACCUAAAGGAGUGAAUAUUUCGUUGUAUAAAUACAAUCAAAAGGGAACUCCCAUAAGCACUACAAUCACUGCUCACGAUGGAACUUUCUAUUUUACUCCGAUACAACCUGGAAACUACGUAGUUGUUGCUAGCCAUCCUCAAUGGAUAAUGGAGAAAAGCUCGGUGUCGGUUACAGUACGAGAAGGAAAUACAGAACUUUCUGAUGAUAGUUUUUCAGUAUUCGGAUAUGAUGUUAGUGGUCGUGUUACAAGCGACCAUGAACCUGUCAGCGGCGUAUCCUUCCUUCUCUUUGGGAAUGGCCUUGUACAAAAUUGCGAAACAAGCACCGUCAGUGAAUGGACAGCAGAAAAUCCUCUCUGUCACAUAAAGUCUGAUAAAAAAGGAAGAUUUAGAUUUCCAGCCAUUUCAUAUGGAGAGUAUAAAAUCAUGCCUUAUUACGCCGGCACUCGUACUAAAUUCGACGUGCAACCAUCCGAAUUACGAUUUAAAGUCAGCCACGAUAGUUUGAUACUACCUCAAGAUUUUAAAGUAACAGGAUUUACAGUUAGUGGUAUCGUACGUGAAUCCAUCGACGGAAAGCCCUUAGUAGGUGCCAAAGUAUUUUUAUCAGGAAAAGAAGUCGGUUUUACUGAUCAAAACGGGAGAUACAAAAUAGACAAUAUAAAGUCUGGUCAAUAUAUUUUGACAGCUGAAGCUCCAAACAUGAAGUUUGAACAAAAACCAGUGAAGGUUUCUCCUAGCUCUUCUGAUGUGCCUGCCAUACAACCAUCUUCUUACCAAGUUUGCGGAAGAGUAACUUUAUCUGCAAAAGGCACUCUCAAUCAUCGCAAGGUUGCGUUUAAAAACAUUGGUUCAGACUUUCAGACAAAAAUUGAAAUCAAUCCGUCUAGUGGGGAAUUUUGCAUUUUUCUUGCGCCUGCCAAAUAUCAAGUGCGUGUGAUUGUUUCUGAAGAAGAAACACAUAAAGGAUUACAAUUCUUCCCUUUGCAACAAGCUAUCAUUGUGUCGUCGAAGCCACUGAAUAAUAUAAACUUUUUGCAACUAAAGGCAACUCUAAAAGGAACUGUCAAAUGCUUACCAGGGACUGACUGCAGUCAAGCAUAUGUUACUUUGAAAGUUCUUGAUGGUAUCACUGUAAAAUCUGUACAAGCAAAAGAAGGCAGAUACCAGUUUACGGAAAUAUUGCCGGGUCAAUAUGAAGUCCUGAUUGACACGGAUGUCUUCUGUUGGGAAAAUCCUGGGCAUAAGAUAAUGAUAACGUCAGAGCAGGCGGAAAUUCCUCUCUUUCGUCAAACUGGAUUUUCCGUCACUUUCAUUUCUUCUCACGAUACUGACAUUGAAUAUUUCGUUCCUGGGGAGACGAAAAAAAGUUCUUUACAACUGAAAAAGGGAAGCAGCAGGCAUUGCGUGCCGAAGGCUGGUGAAUACGAUUUUGUGCCAAAAAGUUGUCACAUUUUUUCAAAACCCUCGUAUAAAUGGGAUGUUAAAAAUCUCACUCCUAUCAUAAUCACGUCUACAAAACAUAAGCAUGGUGGAGUUAUUGUUAGCACUGCUGCUUUGGAUGGAGUAAAAGUGAGAAUUGAGAACGAUGUAGGAGAACCGGUCAUGCUUGGGCCUUUGAAGUAUGUCAAAGUAAAUGACGUUUACAAAUAUAAUUUUGAAUUUGACGCAAAUGCUGAUAACUCAUACGUUAUCGUCCCAAUAUCCGAGUUCAUGUUAUUUAGUCCGUCGUCUUUGAGAAUUCUGGGAGAAAACGAGUGUCAUGAUAAUAUUGCUUCAUUUAACGGUGAAUUAGGAAAGGUGAUAACUGGCUCAAUUGUGCCUCCACUAGAUGGAGUCACAGUGCAAAUUUUUGGUAAGGAUAAAGAAGUUCCUGUUCAUACUCUAGUCACUCAGAGUGAUGGUAAAUAUAAGGUUGGGCCACUUGAUGGAAAAGUUGAUUACAGUGUGACUGCAACAAUGGAGGGAUACGUCGUGACCGGUCCUGAUGCGAAGGGAAUUUUUUCAGCCCAAAAAUUGGCGGAGAUAUAUGUCAAUGUUCUAGAUGAAGCUGAUGAGAAAGCCUUGCAGGGAGUUCUCCUCUCUCUAUCGGGUGGCCAAAGCUACAGGAAAAACAGUAUAACAAACGAAAACGGUCAGAUGACAUUUAAAUCACUCUCUCCUGGAGAAUAUUAUCUUCGUCCAAUGAUGAAGGAGUACAAGUUUAAUCCAUCGUCGAAGGUAAUCAAUGUGCAAGAAGGUUUGACAGUCGAAGUGAAACUUACUGGCAACAGAGUCGCUUUUAGUGCGUACGGAGCAGUAACUUCAUUGAAUGGAGAACCUGAAGCUGGACUUCUUGUAGAAGCUCUGGGUCAGUCGGAAUGUUCCAGUUAUUUAGAAGAAGCUACAACGGAAGAAAAUGGCAACUUCCGCAUCAGGGGACUUCAACCUUCGUGUAUCUAUGCCAUUCGCCUGAAGCAUGGCGUCGAAGCCAAUUUGAACAUUCAACGAGUUUUACCAAGUUCGAUAGCUGUCCAGGCAACCGAAGACGUCUACAACCUUCGAUUGAUUGCUUUCCAUCCGAUCUCCCGUACGGAUAUUUCCGUGCACGUCAUCUCAUCUCAACCUGAUCACUAUCGUACUUUGAAAGUGAAACUUUGUAGAGAAGACAUGCCUGAUUCUCCAAUACACAUAGCAAAGAUUGAUAGUUAUCACACCUUCAAGAUCGGUAACAGUUACAACGCAGGAUUCUUAGUGCAUUUCCCACCUCUACAUUCGGAUAGCAAAAAAUACUUCGUCCAGCUAGACACUUCUUUAUCGCAAUCAUCGCACAAGUACAAGUCUAUUCCUGUUUAUUUUGAAGCAAACUCAUCCUUCAAGCACGUAAAACUGAAUUUUGAUGCGGAGAGGAAACAUGAUCAGGCGGACAUUAAUCAAACAUCAGUUGUUGCACUGCCUUUUAUAAUGCUCGUUGCUUUCGCGUUUCUCAGUAGAGAUAAGUUGUGGAGUUGGUUAAAUAAUGUGACCGAACGGUUAUCGAAACAUGUGCCGGUCUCUAGGCCUCCCGUGCAAGCCAUUCCAAUUGAUCCAAGAGCCGACGAUAUAAUUGUCGAGCAGAUCAUGAACAUUAAUAAGAGAAAGACGAAAGUACGUAAAGCGUAAUUUUUUGUGGUUCUAGGAGGUAUAUGGGUGUCUGUAAUAUGUUGAUGAUAAAAUAUACUGAAAGAGAGUUAUUGAUAUUCAAAAUUACAUUGCCUAAUUGGAAAAGAAAAUUUGUAAAAAAAUAAUACUUUCUUAAAAGGCGUUGGGUUAUUUACAGCGGAAUUUUGGACUUUGUGGUAAUGAGUAUUAAUGUAAUAAAGUACACCAUAAAAGAACAUCCGAGGUAUUGUUGUUUAAGAGCUAGAAUGUUCUGUUAGCAAAUAAAAGUGCUCUUUAAUUUUA